CCGUUUAGCAGAAUUCCAAGGAGCCAAGAAUUUUCAAUCUCAUCAGCUCGAGCUUUAAGCUCAUCAACAUCCCAGUUGACCCAGACAAACUUGCCCUUGAGAAAUUUAGCCUCCGGUGACGCAACCCAUAGCGUGAAUUGACCAGCAAGUUCAGCUGCGAUGCAUAACCUUAGUCAAGUGUAUAGAUCCCCUCAAUGUGGAUGAGAACUUCAAUCAUUACCACGAUAUGGAAUAUAUGCACAGAACAUCUAUUACAGAGGAGAUACAAAAGGCACUCCCGGAAGCGAUCGUUUUCAAGAUAUUCAAUACUAUUCCAGAAACACUCCUUGAUGUCUCUAAAUGGACAUCGGGUCACGUCCCACCGGUUCUAUUGGCUGGUGGAAGCUCAAACUCUGUGGACAUAGCUCGGAAAUUGAUUAAAGAUGCUGGAUUCGUACCAAAGUAUGCAGGGUACAACCUGGGAGAUUCCGGUUUGUUGGAACGUCUGGGCGUCUUGCCACACCGUCUGGCAGAGAAUGAGGUUCAUGGCGAUGCGAAUAUCGCUUUUGACGUCUUUCAGAGGAAAGCCUAAGCACUUCGUAACGAACGACGCUGUCUUACAUUCAUGAAUAUAACUAGCUAAUGCUCUUAGCUGGGACAAUAGAAGAUGAAAUAGAU